AUGGGUUAUUACUCUGGCUCGGCCGCUUUGCAAGAAGCAAUCUCCAUCCUCCUCUUGACAGUUUUUAUAGUCUUUCUGAUCCUUCUCUGUCAAAGAGGUCAGAUAGGUGCUCUACUCCGUGCUUUUGGCGAAAAGCUACAAGCAAUCUUACAACCUAAUCACCUGACACCGGAACCGGAACCGACAAUAAGACGUGAGAAAAAGAACGAUUCUGAUGAUUCUGAUGAAGAUGGGAUAGAUCCUCCUCCUCCGAAACCCCCCUCGAGGCCUGGGGGAUCUCACGAUGAUGAUCAGAUAGAUCCUCCUCCUCAUCCGAAACCACCCUCGACGCCUGGGAGAUCUCCACCGCGGAAGGAAGGCAAGGAGCCAGAGACAAGAGGGGAGGAGUUGAGACAUGGGCAGAGGGAUCCCCGACGUGACGGGGAGACAUCUAAGAAUCGAGCGGAAAAUGGGAUUGAUUCAAGAUUCGCCGCGGAUCAAGAUCCAGAUCCUGGUCUGCGGCGAAGACGGGGGGCGCGGGGGGAGAAUUUGGAGCCUGUCCGAGACCCCCUCGAUAGAAAUUUGAGAAAUCCUAUCGAUUCGAAAGGUGAAGCAAGGAUUUCGUCCCCUCGAGCAGAGCGAUCUGGGGUCAGGGACGAAGAAGUGAACAGGCUGAGAACAGAUGCCAGGGGCGAGAACGUCAGGUCCGACGAACAGGAAGGUGCCCGAGUAAGAAGACAGAGAGCAGAGCGAGAACCGGUGGAUACUAGGAGAGGGGCGAGGGAGCUGUCUGAAGACUUGCACUCUGAUAGAGAAGUAAGGGCAACGUCAGGAAGAGAGAGAAAUGGAGUCGAGGAAGAUUUGCCGCAGGAAGAAUAUCAGAGGGCGGAAGUCGAGCGUGUGAGAGCCAAAGCAAAUCGUGGUGAACCCCUGACUUCCGAAGAACGACUUGUACAGGAAGAAUAUAUCAGGCGAGCGAACAGGCCAAGACCUCCUCCUAUCGAGGUUGAAUCUCCUCGUCUUUCCCACCGAGAAGUUUCUCCUACCACCAACAGGAACGCUAUACGACGAAGACCUAGAGAUCAUCUCGUAGGAGAUAGAAGUCGUGCUCGUCAAUCCGUUAUGCAAAUGAGACAUAAACGAGGUAAAAAUCCACUUAGGUCCGCCCCUUUGGUCGGUGCGACGGGACACGAAUCUCAAGAAGAACUAUCCGCUCCUGAAACUCGAUGGCGAGAGAGAGAUCUCGAAUGGGAAGAUGAGUCAACUCCUGUUACUCGUAGACGGGCUGAGAGGAGGCAGGUGAGUAAUGAGGCGGAAAGUCAACCUGACAAUCGGGCUCAGAGGGCGGAGAACAGAACAGUGGAUCCUCCUCUAUCCGCCCCGGUCAAUCGUAGUCAACAAUCACAGGAUCUCGAUUACCUCUCUGACGGUCAUGGGAGAAAUAGACGUCCUCUGGAGCAACGGAGAAGACGUGCUAGGCCAGCACCCGAUGAAGUAGCGUCAAAUGGAGGGGAGGAGACUGAAAAUGACGAUGAAGAUGAGCAGAAUAGACUGGGACAUAGGAGGAGAGGUGAGAAAAUUGUCAGACCACCUACUCCUGGUAAUGUCAGUGGGGACGAGCAGGAGCAAGUCGAAGGGCAUGAAGACGAGGAUGUAUAUCAAGAAACAGAAGGGGGGGAAGAAAGAGCUCGUCACAGAAAACUUCGAACUGACGACCCCUUGGCAUCUCUUGUCCAUCCUGAUGAUCUUAUCGAGGAGAAUAUGUUGGAGCAACAUCGAACCGACGAGGCUCAGUCAAGGACAAGACAGUCUGAGACGAAUGAUGAAGAUGCUCCGGGACAGUCGGUCGAUGAGGAUGGUACCCCGAAAAGGGGUCGACGUGCAAAAUCCAAGAAAUCUCGUAAGGUACGAUUUGAGGAAGAUGGGGAUGCGGAUGAAGAGGACGUAUCAGAGGCCGAGGAGGUUCUUGAUGAGAAACAUGGAAAGAGGGGAAAGGGUGGCAAGAAGGUCGAUGGUGAGAUCAAAGCUCAGAAGAAGAAAAAAGGGAAGACGGAGGAUGGUGAGCAGCCACAAGAAGAGGGUGAAGUGGAGGAUAUCAAGGUCAAGCCUAAGAAACCCGCCAAAGCCGCAGCGGAUGAUGGAGGGAAACCUGGCAAAACUGAAGAUGCACCAAGUGGGUCGGGCAAGACAGGUUCAGAUCCCCAGACGAUCAAACUAGAUAUUACUACGGAUGGUAAAAAGGUUGAUGGGAAGGGAACUGAUGGUGGAGAGACAGCAAAGAGUAAAUCCAAAGACGAGAAAAAUGGUAAGGGGAAGAAGAAGAAGGAUGGUGGUGGUGGUGGAGAUGACGAUGAUGAGGAUGACGCAGAUGCGGACGUCUCAGACUCAACGAAGACCAAAUCCAAAUCAAAGUCUAAGACUGCACCCAAGAAGAAGGAUGGAACCUCUGCGGAUGGUCCGAAGACGAAAAAGAAGGCAGCGAAGGAUGAGGUGACCGAUUCUGAAGGCGACGGGGGCGACCCUCAAGGGACCAAGAAGAAACCCAAGAAGGUUGACAAGAAUGUAGCACAGGGCGAUGAUCAACAGUCGAACACUACCACUAAGAAGAAAAAGAAGAAGCAAUUGAACGAUGAUGAUGAUGAUGACGAAGAUGAGGAUGACGGAGGACAAUCCAAAUCUAAAGGUCGAAGCGGGGGUCAGAAGGACAAGAAGAGUAAGGGACCGGGUAAUGGUAAAGUUAGAAAUGGAGGAGGACAGGGGAAUAAUAAUGGUAAUGAUGAUGAUUAUGACAACGAUUAUGAUAAUGGUAAUCGUAAUGGUAAUGGCGGGUCUGGGGGGAAAGGCGGAAAACAAGGUAAAAAAGGUGGAGGACAAUUCAAUCAAUACGAUGACACACCAGCCCGUGUCCAACAACAGCAACAGCAACAACAACAAGCUGUACCAGGUCAAAUCUUUACCAAUACACCCGGGUUCAUACCGGCCCAGACGAUGGCGCCAAACGGACAAAUGUAUACCCAAGCUCCAGUCCAACAGGGGAAUACAAUAGUACCUGGUAAUCCUUCUGGUACAACACAAACAUCUGUUCCGUCAUCCCAAUCGAAUGGCCAAACCGACGGCCAGCCCUCGGUCGGGUCAACAGCCUUCAAUAAACUGAAGAACCUUGGUCAUAAAGAUAAGAAAGAUGCUCAGGGAACGACACCUUCGGAUCAGUCGCAGUCUGGUGACACCCCAGAUGAUGGCGACAAAAAUAACGAACUCGGAAAAGGAGGAAAGAUACCUGUUCUGCCUGAUGGAUUAGAAAGUGGUGAUGGACCGGAAGACAAGACCGUGGAUAAAACUAAAAAGCUUGAUGGUACUGGGAUGGACGCUUCCAAUGUAGACGAAGACUCUCAAGAUCCGAAUGAUAUGACUGAAGAAGGUAAGGGUCGCUUUGGUUGGUCUUUGGGACACAGGAAAUCGGAGGGUAGGCCGACUCGUGCGGAAAUGGAAGAGGCUCAAAAUAUGGGUCAACCGCCACAAGAUACCGCUCCUAAGGACCUCCUUGCCCCGCCUGGGGAUAUAUUCGAUAUGUUAGAACAAGCGGAUGCUGAUGAUGUUACUGACAUUCCAAACGGACCUAAGUUUGACUGGGAAGAUACAGAAGAUGUAGAAGAUGACGAAGAUGAGACCUCUUUGGCUGAUCCGAAAGAACCUCUGGAAAUACCGAGUAAAGAAGACAACGGUGAUGGUGGCAUUGAAACUGGUGGAGAUGGGAAGAGGGUAGAGGAGGAAAAGGUUAUAGAGGAGGAUAAAAAGCCGGAAGACGGCCUUAAGCCGAGUCAAGGUGGGAUGGACAGUCCGAGCUACCCCAAAGGAGAAAACGAGCUUCUCGGUGACUUAGAUCAACAUCUACAAGGCCAAAAGACGAGCUCCGAACCGGCUAAGGUAGAUCCUGGCAAGCAUGAAGAAGCUGAAGUUGACCCAGCCAAGGAAGAGAAGACGGCCGGACCGGAGACAACAUCUAUCAAAUCUCCACGGACGACUCGGGGGGAUGCAGGAGAUGAAUCUGAUGAAGGUGAGAGAGUGACGUCCGGCAUUCAACCCGAUCAUACGACCUCUGUACCUACCACAAGCUUGGACACUACCAAGCACGAGGCUCGUACCGAUGGAGCGCUGCAAGGUGGUGGCUUAUCUGAAGAUCUUGAUGGGGAGGAGUCGACAACUUUGCUGCCAGAUUCAGCGAAAGACAAACUCAAACAAUUUACAGCAUCAAGUGACGAUUCAACGUUGGUUCAAGAGCAUCAAAAAGCAAAUCCAACGACGAACACUUCGUCCGACGACCGAGACGUUCGAGUGGCCUCACCGACAGAAGCGGAGAUCAAACACCCUGCCAAUUCUACUCCACCAUCUGACGAUGAGGAUGGUGAUCUGUUGGAUCGGUAUUAUUCCACCCCGACUAGACUUGAUGAAACCACCACUAAUCCGAAACAACCCGACUUGAAGGAACUUGAUGUUGAAGGACACAGUCAGAGAGAUGAAAAAUCUGGUGAACCAUCUCUGGUCUCUCCCCCUUCGGAUCGAGACGAUUUCGAUCGUUCGGAAGUAGCGGGAACUCCCUCGCCAUUGACUCCCACGUAUACUACCGCGGCACAAAUCGUCGGCAGAGGGAAAGAGAAAGAAGAGAGGAUGGGCCACCAGGGUGUCCAGGAUGAGGAUGAUGAUGAUUCAGAGGACGACCGGGUAGGAGGUACAGAGACAAAGACACUACCAUUGCAGCAAGACAAAUUCACCGGUCGGCAAGAAGAUGAGAGAGAUAGCUUUGAAGCAGAGGAUGACGCCAUUCGACCGGUCGGUCGGAAGGAAGCGGAUAGUCAUCAGGCUCAAGAUGAUCAGGAGUUCUCUCCCAUAGGAUUGGCGGCAAUGGGAGUGAAAGAGGAUAGCGACGUUGAAGAAGAGUCCAUACCCUCUUUCGGUGACAAAGCUUCAACUUCAGCAGUCGACUCGGGAAAAAACGUAGAACGGAAAGAUAUCAGUACUCCCGUUGUCGGAAAGAUAGUUACCGAGGACCAAGACGAAGAGAGCGAGAUGGAUGAUGAACCCACUUCACGUAUGACUCAGCAGCAGAGACAGGAAGCUCAAAAGACCGGUCACAUCUCGGAGGCGGCGGGCAUAGAUUCGAGUGAAGAUACAGAUCCGAAGAUUGAAGCCUCAUCGUUAUCUCCUCCAAAGAAAGAUGAAGAUCGAACGACCGCAGAUCCUACCCGAGUGGGACACACUGAGUUGGUCGACGAUGCGGAUAGUGAAGAAGAAUCCGAUCCGGUGACUCCCGUAGCUGCCACAGUCCCAUCUGUCAAGGAAACACCUCAACAAGUAGAUCGAUCGGUGGACGAUGCCACUACGAAGCGCCCGGUCAGCGUCGAGGACGAAGAUAGCGAAGAGGAAGUUGAACCUGCUCAUGAUCCCAUAACCCGGUCCACUCCUGCUGAGACGUUGUCAGAUGAGAAAGUGGCACCGAUUCCAGACACGCCGGUGGAGUCACAGGUGAACAGAGAAGCGAGAAAGGGAGACUCUGAGGUUUUGGAGGAAUCAGCAGAUGACGAGGUCGUUCAAGAUCCAAAUCUUAAUGAAAAGGUUGACACUACGGCACAGGAUAUCGAGACAGGGGGAAUUCAGAAAACAAAGGUGGAGAAGCAACGAGAUGCUCUCGUACAGCAAGAGUCAUCGGAAGAUGAGGAUUCUGCCGAUGAAGGGGUCACUGGUAGAGCGUCAGAUAGUGAGCCGGACUCACCUGUUCGGCCUGCAAACAAAAGUGAGGAAGAGAUGCAAAGAAAGUUGACCAAGUACAUGACCCAAAAGACUCUUCAAUCCCCAACCGAAAAGACGCCGGCGCAGUUGGAAGAGAUUAAACGACAUGGUAUUGGAACUUUGCAAUUAACACCAUAUCAACUAUCCAACAGAGAAUUUAUUGCCAAAUGCUUGGAGGUUGAAGAUCGUUCACUGAACUGGGUGAAAGAUGAGGGUUCUAAGGUCCCAUCGUUCUCUCGAACUGGUUUGUCAGCGGAAGAUGUGAGAAGGGCACCUGAAAAUUUGGCUCCAACGAGAAAUGCGCAACAAAAUUUCGGUCUCAAUAUGGAGCAUCAAGCGAAAACUCGACCACCAAGAAAAGAAAAACCUUCGGAAUCAAAGAAGAGAACGAAAAACGAAGAUCAAGUGGAAGAAGGGGGAAUAUCAAGUGAUAAGAAGAUUCGACAAGCUACGAUAUUACAUCCUUGGACAUUGACGAAAUAUACAGCUCAUAUACUUCGACAUACACCUUUCAUGUCUUCUUUAACCCUACUAUGUACACUUGGAUAUAUUGGAGGAACAUAUUUUUGGUAUACAGUCGUACUUGCUUCUUUAAAAUCUUCACCUGUUUUAUCAUCCAGAGCUCAAGACGAUACUACAGCAAGUACCAAUCCCAAUGGUGUUACUCAAGAAUUAUUAAAAAUGGGAGUUAAUUCCGAUAUAGCUUUAGCGGUACUUAACAUUUACAUGUUUAUCGGUCUUUGUUUAUUAGGUUUAUUGAUACAUUUAACGAUUGAACGUGUUGAAAAUCCAUCUGAUCGAAAUGAAGAACCAUGGUAUAAACAUCCUUUAAGACCUUUCCGUAAAUUCGGUAAAUCAUCAAGAUCAUUUUUAACUUUUACGAUAAACAUACUUUUGACACAUUCAAAAAUAUCAACAAUAAAAGAAAUUUGGUAUAAAUCAACAUGGUUCACAUCACUUCGAAUAUGUAUUUUCACAAUACAAAUUGGACUUUUGAUAAUUUGUAAUAAUCAAGCUAUAUCUUUAACUUAUAUGGUAAUAACUAAAUCACCUCAACCACCUUAUCAUACUUGGGAUUUAGAAUAUUCAGCUUCGACAUUAGGUUUAGCAGCUGAAUCUUUUGAUCCUAAUAUGAUUUUAUUCAUGAUUUCAACAUGGUUAAUAUUUUUCAUAUCAACUUUAACUUGGGGUUGGUAUUCACUUUUACAUCCUUCUCCAAGACAUUCAAAAGGUGAAAAGAAAGUUUCUCUGUUGUCAGUUAUGAAAUGUGGUUGUAUACCAAGUUGGACUAUUGAAACUAUUGGAGUUAUCUUGGUAUUGGUUGCAUUUGGAAGUUUUAUAGCUUUCUUUACGGAAAUAAUAUCAAUCAGCUCAAAAUUCGAUCCUACUAAACAAGAUGGUGGUAAACAAGAUCAACAAAUGAGUUGGGUUUUCGCUAAUGGUGUUUUCUUACUUUUCACUUUAAUGAUGACUUGGGUGGUAUUUGAAUUAGAUAAGUUUGCUAGGUGGGUGAUACCAAAGAUGAAAAGAACCGAAAAUGGAAAAAAUGGAUCUUGGUGA